UCUACGACCUGAAAACUUGAUUCCACAACAGAUGCGGUUUUUCGAAAAACGACAUCAUCCCCUUUGAGCGUCCUGCUGUGUCGUCUUAAUUAUAACAAUAAGUGUAAGAAGCCAUUCUUUAUCAGUGGUUACCUCCUCAUGUUACAACCACGCUACAACUAAGUAGUUGUUGUACUUAUUUUUAAUCGAUCCUUCCUUCGCUAUCGCUUCGGGCUCUCCUCGAACGAAGGACACGAAUCAUUUUAUCUUCUCUUUGUCUUUCUAUAAUGAUUUAAUGAACUGCAAAUGUUUUAUGCGCCCAUUCAUGAAGCAAUUCGCGUUGCUUAAUGAUCUGAAGACCACUCCUUAAUUCUACCAGUACGGCCACCACAAUUUUUUAGAGCAAACAUUGAUUUCCUAUCCCUAUUAUCAUAAUAAAGUAAACUUUGCAUGUUGUCUGUAUAGAUAUGAAGCAUUAUAGACUAUUUUUCAGAAGCAAGGGUCCUGACUCUGUGAAUUGGGAACGGAGCAGUAGGCACCUGGCUACUCCGUUCAAAGUCAGACGUGUCCUCGAAAGUUUUAGGGGUGUCUUCGACUGUGCGAAAAAAAUUUUUAGAACGACCGCUGUCUUUAUGUUUUUGAAGAGCUUUACCAGAUCGAAUCACAUGGGUAAAAAUCCCUGCUUGCCCAUUUUAGAGGCGGAGAAUGAGUGUGGUGGUUCUUCGCGGCUGCAUGUUGAUGCUGUGAGGUUUAUCAAGCUGUAAUAUCACCGAGCUUUUAAGAAUCAAAAUAUUUUUUCUUGAACACGAUGAACUGAACAUUGCUACUGAUUCGCGAGGUUAUAUUUACAUUCUUGCCUUGUUUGAAUAUUGAGUAUUCUCUUCUUCCGUCUCUUUCAAAAGAUUGGGGUUGGGUGAAUCCUUAGCCUAUCCUAACGAGCUCCGCCCCCGCCUCUCCGCAGAAACAUUAUUGAUUGAUAGAGCUUGUUUUCUUUAACAUGCGUGUUAGUGAUGCAGCACAGUCUUAGUGUAGUAAAGGAAGUCAUUUCUGUAUGGCGGGAAAAACAUUACAAAGUGUGUUUUUUGUAGAUUCUGCGGACGGCGGAUCACAUCCUAGUCCUAAUCCUAUAAGUAACCCAAUGGUUGCCGAUACUUCUUAGACGUACGACAUUUGUACAGGGCGCCAGUCCUUUUAUCUCAUGAUAGAUAAUAAUAGUCGAUAUUCACGCGAUCCAUCAUGCAGAUUCGUUCUCGUUCCAUAUGAAAAAAUACAGACGUCAUCUGACCAACAUUUUGUCGUGGUUUCGACCUACCCUGUACGUUGUGCCUAUUCUUUCUCUCUGUCAAGAGCGAAGUACUACGAAAUGCCUCUGUCCUUUGAUUGAUACUCCUGUCAUGUUUCAUAUCAAUGAAAUCAAAAGUCUACUUUUUUAUGUCUAAGUAACGGGACGGAUCUGAUAAAUAAGGGUAAUCGACCAUGACCAUGUAAGGGGCAAGGGAAUUAGCUGAGGAUGAAGAAAGCAUCUACUUUCGACAUAUUUGAAUGACUACGCCACACACCCCCUCGUGGCAGAUUCGCGGAACUGAGUGGUUUUUUUUUUGGGUAGAAAUUAUCAGGCUUUCAAUAGAUGAAAGCUGUAGAAGAUUUAGGACUCGAAACAUCCGGGCGCUAUGGAUCGUGGACCUAUCCACGACAAGAAGAACAACAACAUCCAACAUUAGACUCAUCUCUCUCACUUUUUGUCGAUUUAUUUACUGCACUCAUCAAUUAGAAAUAUCGAAUUACUCGCAUUCCUAUAUCUCUUUUGCAUCAUAUCACUAGGCAAGAUAGUUGUAAAAGUGUUGCUGUUAGUCUUUAUUCAUUUUUUGCACAAUGGAUCAUCGCAGCCAGGUGCAAGUAUGGGCAUGGUAGCAUGGGAGUUUUUUGUGAUUUUUUUUGUUUCAACUAUGCUUGCAAACGACUUCAUCCAUGGAAGUUCCUCUCCGCAAAUUUAAG